UCAUACCAGUUGAUAAUCGUUGAUAUCCUUACAAUUUAUAUAUGUAUACAUGAUUCAGUACUGGAAUAUGCAGUUUUUGCAACGGAAAAUACGUAAGGUGACUAAAGUCAUGCUGCUGGAUUAUUAAUGUAAUCUUCUUUAAAAACAACUUCAUUUCAUAAUUACGGUGCUCACUUAUCAUAGUCAAGUGUCAGUGCUAUGACAGCUCAAUAAUACGUUUGGAUAUUACGUCAUAUUUCUUUAAUAUACAUGGAUAUUUUGAUACUUUUGGAUACCACGAAUUGGUUUCAUAAUACACCAGGAUAUUAAAUUGCUGCAUCUUGAUAUUUCGACAGUUUAGAUGUCACUAUGUCUAUCUCAAGAUAUUGAAACAUGUUUCGAUAUUACGAAUUGUUUCCAUAAUAUAUUUGGAUAUUACGACAUGUGCUGAUAUUGCGAAUUAUUUUUAUAGUUCAUCUGGAUACUACUACAUGUUUGGAUAUUUUGAAUUUUUUCUUUAAGAUAACUGGAUAACAUGAUAUGGCUCUCAUAAAUAUCUGGAAGUAACUUCAGUGAUAUGUGAUAAAUAGAAUCUACCGUGGAACAGGUGGUUAUUACGAAUUGGAAAGAAAGAUGGAUGGAUGGAUGCAGCACAGCUAUAAUUGUGAUGAAUUGCGCAAUUCAUCUGUACGUGUGACACUUCAAAGGCAUCACCAGGUAUCUUUAUUUAACACUAUUUAGUUAAUUACUUAUCAGUUAAUAACUUUUAUCUCCAAAGUUUAAUGCAAUGUUUGCACACGUCACCAGAAGGAUGGAAGUGAUAAUGUAAUCUUGUCAUGAAAUAUUGUCAGCAUGAAUAUAACUGCCCAACAGUUGUUUUCUUUUUUGAAUUCCACCGAUCUAAGCUUACUCAGACAAUUCUCUCGUGUUAUCAAUGCGACGUCUUUGACGAAUCUCCAGCCUCAAAACUUACACGAGCGAGCUGAGGUGAUCCUGUCACAGCCCGAGACAAUUCUAAUAUUGGUACUGAGUUUUUUAGCUCUGUUGGUGAACACAUUAUCCAUAUGUGCAACAGCGAAUAUUCCACGUGGAUUUACAACACAUUCAAAGCUCAUCAUCAGUCUAGCCUUGUCUGACAUUCUUAUUACAUUAAGCGUCUUUGUUCACGUACUGAACAAAGUAUUUAACUCUGCACAAUUACCUCCCCUGAUGAAGCCCAAUGAAAGGCUAACAUCCUCAUGUAUGUUUGCCUUGAUCAACGGACUAAACACAAUGGCUCAUCUGAUUUCCCUCCUAAACCUUCUUGCCAUGGCUAUAGACCAUUAUGUUGCAGUGUUACAACCACUAUACUACAACACCAUUCUGAGCCGAAUCAAGUGUAACAUCAUCAUCGCCUUCUUGUGGAGUCUUGCCUUUAUUGGCGGGUUCUGUAACUUUCUAACAGGCCUUGGUUCAUCCAAAGAUCGUGCACGUUAUCUGAACUAUUGUGAGGUGAUCAUGUACAACGAUUUUCACGGAGAAUACCUCAUAAUGAUAACCACCUUCAUCUGUCUUGUAUCAAUCGUUUUCAUCUACCUUCGAAUCUACUGUGAAGUAAAGGCUAUCCAUAACAGAUUAACACCAUUACAAAAAGACAGCUUCCACAACAAGAAGUCACAGAUAACAACGCUACUCAUCAUUGGCACAUUUAUUAUCUGUUGGCUUCCUACUUGCAUUUUUCAAAUUGUCAUGGUGAUUCAAAUACAAGUGAAUCGGCAGAUGGUACAAAAGUUAUUUGUAACAUUACUGCGCGCAAACAAGUACCUCUACGCGUUAUUAUUGUUGAAUUGUGUGUGUGACCCGAUAAUUUAUGCGGUGCGUCUGCGGGAUGUACAAAUGGGCUACUAUCGACUUUUAUCUCGCUGUUUUAAGUGUUACGCGACUAAGAUCAAAGAGGAGUGGCAGAACACUUACCUGGACGGUCGGAGCAUGAAAAUAAAAUCUUCCAUUGUGGAAAUGGAAGGUGAGGACACUGAUGAGGUUUGUGAGCCUAUCUCAGACAGUUUUGAGCAGGACCGUGAUAUAGAAAUGAGGACAACUCCAUCAGCAUCUGGAACAAGGUUACUAAUCAAUAGUGAAUUCCAGGCAGAAAACAGACUUUAGAAUUAAGUAUGAACAUUUAAAUCCGUUCGUGAAAUCACCAGUUUAAGAAAACUCCCUGAUUGACACUUUCCAUUAUCCAUUUAUCAACAUUGAUCCAUGAAGCGACUAGUCAUUAUACUAUCUCUGAACUUUAACCCCUAAUGUAAUGCAAUGUAACCCCUAUUUUGAUUUUAGGAAACUCAGUUGAUAAAUUUGAUGAGAUAUUUUCCUAAUUCAUGUUAAUAUAUACAUCUGAUACAGAUUUUCAAUAUUAAUGAAGGUAUAAACAGCAUAAAUGUUUCAUUCGUUUAUUGUAAAAUACAUCCACUUUGAUACCUUAAGUGCCUUUUAUGAGCUUAAAUCUAGGACAAAGACAGUCAUUAAGUAAACUUGAUGAUAAGUAAUUACUACUGAAAUCUGAGUCCCGACAAUAAACAAAUUGAUAUGUAAAUAUUAUAUUAUCAAGAACCCCACCAUUUGACCUCACAUUGUUUACUGUAUAAAAUUAUAAGUCCCAAAAAUCCUUAUAUUUGACCUCAAAGUGCUAAUUAUGUAAAUAGACAAAUCCCGAAACCCCCAAACUUGACUUCAAAGUGCUUUCUAAAAGUCCCAAAACCCCCAAAUGUGAUCCCAUGUUGUUCAUCGUGCUAAAUAUACCAGACCUAAAUAUCCCCGAAUUUGAUCCCAAAUUGUUUACCAAGGUAUAUUUUCCGGGGCCGAAAAGCCUGAAAUACGACCCCACAGUGUUUGCCAUGCUUAUCGUUCAAGGUCAGAAUACCCCAAGAAUGUUAUCCACAUAGUUUAUCAUGCUAAAUAUACCAGGCCCGAAAACCCCCAAAUUCGACCCCUUGUUACUUUAAAUAUAUCAGUCCUGAAAAGCUCUACAUUGGCCCUGGUACUGUUCACCAUGUACGUAUAUGUAACCCGAAAAUGGGCUCUAAAGACAUGAACGAUAAACAAUCCCCAGACGGGAAAAAAAUUCUGCAGGAAAAAACGCAAAAUAUUUCAUAAAAAUACAAGGCCAAGCAUCAAUUGGUUAAAUUUGGAACGACAUGUAAAAGGUGUUAUUUUUAGGGAUCCCGGAAGUGGGAGAUUAGAUAUCAACGAUAAUUAGGGAGAGGAAUUAUAUAGGCAUUAGCCUGUUACCCAAUACCCAUUGAAUUAAUUCAAUAAAAUGUGAAAUGAAAAGCCAGAUUACAAGACAUGGAAAUAAAACUAGUCAAGGUCAAAGAUGACAUAAUUUCGUUAUAGCCACGCAUAUAUAUAAUUUAGCUUUCUUGGGUUGGUCGCAUAACGCUCCAGACAAUCUUAUAUAGUCAACACAAAUGGUUAUGUCCCACAGACAGAAAUAUAUAACAGUACAUCAUGUUGCUAGUAUGUUGAAUAAUGUAAACGUACAUAUUUAGCGAUUUUUUUUUUUUUUUUGCAGUGGAGGCAUGCCGCUAAACUGUUGCGCUAUUUUCAGUUUCUAUACAUUGUUUUCAAUAGCAUCAAGAAUUCUGAGUGCACCAAUUCAAAAUUCAAAUUAUCUGUUUAAGUUUGGUUAUGUACUAAAAUAUAUACGUUUACAUUACUGUAAAAGUUUUUGAUGACCCCUUUGUGUAUAUAUUGCUUUGUUAGAUAAA